CCAUCAUUGAAUCAGCAUCAAAUUCAUAAUGACUAUCCUCCACGUUCUGAUCCUCUGCUUCUUAUCAGAUGCAGCCAGGUUUGCCAGAGCAGGCAUUUGGGUUGGACCUGAAGGAGGAAAUUUAUCACUUUACAACCACUUCACUCGAUCUGGAAGCACAAAGUUCUUCUGUAAGAAGAAAUGUGAGCGAACAGAAGAUAUUCUCUUAAAAACAGAUGGAACCACAGCUCAGAGCGGCAGAUACAGCAUUGAAUACAAAGAAGGAUCUUCAGGAUCUUCAGGAAGAGGGAGGCUGUCUUUUACCAUCACACAUAUGACAGCCUCUGACUCAGGAAUGUACCGGUUUGGUUUGGGCAACUCUUCUGCUCCAGAUUCAUACUCUAACUUUAACGUCAGAGUUUCAAAUGACUUUCAUAAAAACUCCAAAUUCAUCCGUGCAGAAACUGAAGGAGAACAAAUACAAUUUCCAUGUGCCAAUGCCAAACAUGGAACGAGGAAGUUCCUUUGUAAGAAUCCAUGUAACAAUGAAGGGAACGUUCUCAUUGACACAACCAAUGAGAAAGCUGAGAAUGGCAGAUACAGCAUUGAAUACACAGCAGGAUCUGCAUUUGGACUGUACGCAGCUAUCACACAGCUGACCGAGGCUGAUAAUGGACAAUACAGAUGUGGUUAUGGCAACCCUCUGACUCCAGAUUCAUACAUGACUCAAGAUAUUGUUGUCAUAGGUGCUUCAAAGUCAGCAGCCUCCACAGCACAGCCAACAACACAGAGUCAAAGUUUCACCUCAACCAUCUCCACACCUUCAUCAGUUUAUCCUCAGUCUGGGAGCAGGAGCUGGGAUAGAGCUUCACACCCACCCAGCUCUACACCACAAACAACAACACAGAGUCAGAGUUUCACUCCAGGAUUCACUUCAUCAGAUUGUCCUGACUUCUUCUUCCCUCUGGUCGUGUGUGCGUCCUUGGCCGGAGUUUUACUGCUGUCUGUUUUCCUGCUGCUCCUCUACAUCUGUAAGACAAAGAGGAACACUGUACUGAACAUCAGAGAGAAUGACUACACAAACAUGAAGUUUUCUGCCAUCAGAGAUGAUUAGCUUCCUUCAAGCAUGAAGACUCCACCAGGACCAAAGAGACUGCAUUCAUAAAGACAGAGCUCUAAAAGUUGGGCUUUUUUGGAGCAGCUUAAUAGAUUUAAUCAAAAAGUUAAAAAUCAAAAACCUUACCUAAUACAAUUUUGUCCCACCUCCCCUCCGAGAUAAUUUCCUGUCAAAGAAAGGCCUCAUCCACCUGGGACUGUCUAAAUAAGGGACUUAACAUUCAGCCCUAUGAUAACUGGUAAACUACGGAGUCAGAAAUAAAUUUGUGCUAAAGAUAAUUUUGCUUGAAAUGCAGCAUCAUAAAUGUGAGAUUAAGCAUUCUGUAAUGAUUCUGAAUGAGAGAAGUGCGAUGAUGUCAUGAACAGGAGGUCUUCCUGUAUAUGAGCCACGAUGGGCAGAAAAACUGGAAAAUAAAUGGUGCAGCUGGAGUCGUGUGCAGCAAAGGUGUGAGAUCCUCUGGCUCAUCUCAGGCCAAGAGUGGUAAAAUAAAGGGCUCAGCAUCCAGCCUCCUCCUGGUUACAGUAACACAGAGAGCUGUAACAAAAUGCACGUGAUUCUGAUGAUAGCUAAUCAUGCAUAAUUGUAAUCUAUGGAAUUAUUAUCGGGUAUAAACCUAAUGAGUUUAAUGAAAUAAGCAGAAUGUGUAAUCCUGUACUGAUUUCAAAUAGAGAAGUGCAGCCUGUGUUGGUGUAGCAGUGGAAAGUUUCAGGGUAAGUCCACAAGAAGUUAGUGAUGGAGGGGGUGGACAAAGUGAUGCAUGUGGGUAAAUGAGUAUAGAAGGAGCUUUUUAGGAAGUUCAGGGUUCUUCCUCUAGUUUCCUGCUGAUGAGUAGAGACAACAUCUGAACAAAUUUCAAUGAGAAGCAGCAGAGGAUUAUCGACCGCCCGCCCACGGUGGACUUCAUCAGACCCGAGGGAGUCCGGGGAGUCAGGCCCGGGCGCACUUCCUCUGCUCUCUCUGGUCUCAGAUAUCAGCAGAGAGUAGAUCAGUUAGGUUUGGAUCAAAUUCAGCUGAUUUUGACUGUGUGAUUCUUAUUUGA